UCUUAUUGUGCGAUCUCACUCCCAUUUCUUCGUCCAAAUCAAUCUGGCAUAUACGGUAUCAUUCUUCUUCCGGCCCAUAUUAGAAAAACACGAUUGUUUACUCGAUCGUUUCCAUGUUCAAAAGACAGGCUCUGGAAAAAAGAGAGAUGUCAACCUUGCCAAAACCUUCGAUGCAUUCAUCGUCGCGUGAUGAUGCCGUGCAACUAAACCGUGCUUUCAAAGGGUUAGGUUGUGAUACUGCAGUAGUUGUCAAUGUUCUUGGAAAUAGAAACGCGUCUCAACGUGAUAGCAUUCAACAAGAAUACGAGACCUUGUUCUCUGAUGACCUCAAAAAACAAUUGGCUCUCGAGCUUCAUGGCCAUCUUAAGAAAGCAGUUUUACUAUGGAUGAAAAGUCCAGUAGAACGGGAUGUUACAACACUGAGACAGGCUUUGACAGGACCUAUUAUUGAUAUCAAAACCGCCACUGAAAUAAUAUGUAACCGCAUUUCAUCCCAGAUUCGACAGAUUAAGCAAGUUUACACUCCUACUUUUGGCACGUUACUUGAGUAUGAUAUUGGGUAUCACACAUCUGGUGAUCAUAGAAAGUUUCUGCUGGCAUAUAUAGACACAACACGAUACGAUGGUCCAGAAAUUGAGAGAGUGUUGGUAGAGGAAGAUGCUAUAGCUAUCAGUAAAAUUGAGGUGAAGAAAUCUGGAAUGGAUGAGAGUGCAUUUAUUCAGAUUUUUACUGAAAGAAGCUCGGCACAUUUGGCUGCCCUUGCUUCUGCUUACCAUAAAAUGUUCAGAAAAGAAUUGAGAAAGACAAUUAAAAGAGAAACAUCAGGGAAUUUCAAGUAUGCCCUUCUAACAAUUUUGGAAUAUGCUGUUGAUCCAACAAAGCACUAUGCAACGAUGUUGCGCAAGGCAAUGAAAGGUUUGGGUACAGAUGAUAGUACUCUAAUCAGGAUAUUAGCUACGAGAGCUGAGAUUGAUUUGCAGAAGAUCAAGGAAGAGUACUUGAAGAAGUACAAAAGACCAUUAGUUGAAGUUGUUCAUUCAGAUACGUCAGGUUACUACAGGGCCUUCCUUCUUUCCCUCUUAGGCUCUAAGUUCUAGCUCUAGAUAUCUUCUGUGGAAUUGUGUUAUCUACUAUGUGGAUUCCUGACUAGUAAUUUGACAAACCACAAAGCCCAGCAAUUGCCGAGUAUGAUAUAGAACACGGCAUACAGUUUCCUUGACGUCGAACACGCUAUCAUGCAGUUCAACGUAGCAACAGAAAGCAGUGUGAAGGUGGAAAGAACUGGAUGGAGUUUUUGUCUAUCCUUGUGCCUGGCUUGUCGAUUAUAAAAUUUCUGCAUCAACCACACAAUAGCUU